CACCUGUAAGUGCUGCCUCCUCUCUCUCAUUUACUCUUGUCGCUCGAGAGCUCUCCCCGGAACGGCGGCGAGAAGGGGCGGGCGGAGGAGAGAUGCCGCACCGCGCGCGGCCGAUGACGGGGCUGCUGGUGUUCAUGGGCGUCAACCUCGCCCUCCUCAGCACCAUCACCCCUGUGUACGACUUCGUCUGCUUCCACCCCUACUGGGACCGCAGGAGAGAACGCCGUCAAAGGGAACGUGAAGGGCUGCAAGGCAAUGGUUCUCUAGAAACAGCAAAAUAAACUCUACUAGGUAUCUGCUUACAUUAUUAGCUUAUCACAUCCUGGAUUGUUCAUUUACGUGGGAUGGAGAAAGAUUUAUGAAGUUGCGGCCAGGCUUUUCAGUGCCGGUAGGUCAUUAGGUCUUGUUUCGUGAUGCUCCUGCAGUGUGUCAAUUCUCUGUAAUUGACAAACCGAGUAACACCAGAUGCAGUGAAAUAAUUUCUUUAAACUACACUGUUAUGAAUCUUUUGUCAACUUCUUGUAUUCAUCUGGUGUAACAUAAGCAAAUGAAAUCAUCUAUUUUGUUCA